GUUCGGACGAAGACGGUGAAAAAAGCGGCGCGGGUGAUCAUCGAGAAGUACUACACGCGCCUAGGGAAUGACUUCCACACCAACAAGCGCGUGUGCGAGGAGAUCGCCAUCAUCCCCAGCAAGAAGCUGCGCAACAAGAUCGCGGGGUAUGUCACCCACCUGAUGAAGCGAAUCCAGAGGGGCCCUGUCCGCGGCAUCUCCAUCAAACUGCAGGAGGAGGAGAGGGAGAGGAGGGACAACUACGUCCCGGAGGUCUCUGCCCUUGACCAGGAGAUCAUUGAAGUGGACCCGGACACCAAGGAAAUGCUGAAGCUCCUGGAUUUUGGCAGCCUGUCCAACCUGCAGGUGACACAGCCUACAGUGGGAAUGAACUUCAAGACACCCCGAGGAGCUCUCUGAGUCAGUCCCUAUGUGUUGCUUUUCCAAUAAACGUGAGGAAACCAUCUCA